AUGCGAACCGACAACGCGUGCACGGCGGCUUCAAAGCGGCGCGAGGAGGCGGCGUUAAUCACUCUUCCACUCGACUGUACGAUGCUUAUCUGCUCAUUGCCUCGCGCCCCGCUUGCCACGUUCCAAAUCGUAUUGCCUCUGACAGCAUAUUACCCGAGCUUCAAACACCAGACGAUUGUCUCCUCAGUGCGCGAUUGUGAUACGAGCGCUUUGCGAGUCGCUGCUAUGAAAAAAAGGGAUCACGGGGUCGUAAACACGAGAGUGCUCGGCGGGAGGACACACAAAGGAAGCAGGAAGGACUUCAAACGCGCCGCUUUACGGGCCACGGCAGAUAAGGGCAUCUGCGGCACGGAUCUGAUAGCGGGAACGGGU